CGCUGACAUCACGUGUUCCCAAUAUGGCCGCGCCUGUAGGGAGGCUGCUGACCGGCGUGCUGUCAUGUAGGGCACUGGUUUUACGGGCUUCGGUAGCGGGAUGCAGAGGACUGGCCUCGGCGCCUGGGAGCUCCGGGUCUCCAUGGAGGCUGCACGGAGCUGUGUGUUUGAAGAGGCCGGCAGUGGUGUCCCGGAGCAAGACAGCCAUUCAGCAGGAGGUCGAUGAGCUGCUCCAGCAGAUUGACCUGGAGAAAAGUUUCUAUUCAGAUCAUGAGCUCCAGCUUAUGAAAGAUGCAGAGCGUCUGCGGAGGAAGCAGUCUGACCUGUAUGAUUCUGAUGAAGAGGAGGAGCAGGACAUAGUGAUGGCACAAGACCUGGAAGAUACAUGGGAACAAAAAUGGAAGCAAAUGAAACUAGCUCCAAGAGUAACAGAAGCAGAUGAAAAGAAUGAUCGGACGUCACUCAACAGGAAACUAGAAAAUAAUUUAGUCCUACUGGUUAAAGAGAAGAUUGGCAAUGAAGAUAUCUGGAUGUUCCCUCAGAUUGAGUGGGUGGCUGGAGAAACAAUGAGGCAGACAGCGGAGCGAGCCCUUUCUGACUUGUCAGAUAAUCGCAUUGAGGCUCAUUUCUUAGGAAAUGCUCCUUGUGGCUUUUACAAGUACAAGUUCCCAAAAACAAUGCGAAAUGAAGAUAUAGUAGGAGCCAAGGUGUUCUUUUUCAAAGCUCUGCUCAAGGGUAAAUCCUCGCUCACAAAUCAGAAGAAAAGAGACUAUGUUUGGGUUUGCAAGGAUGAAUUAAAGGACUAUUUAAAGCCAGCUUAUCUAUUGGAAGUGAAUAAGUUUGUAAUAGAAAUCUAAUCCAGCCGUGUAAAUAUGCUAAUAAAAACUUCUUGUAUGACUAA